AUGGCUGUUUUCACACUGCGAAGCCACCUUCGACCGGUUACUUCCAAACUCUUAUUUCUGGUUAUUUCAAGCAGUUUACUUUAUGGUUUCUAUUACUAUAACAACAACAAACACUAUGAAUGUCCGACAGUUUCGAAACUGUCGUUGUUGAGGCAUUACCCGGUAAGACAAGGUUGAUAUUUAUUUUAAAAUUUGAAAUAUGUAUGAAAAAAUAAUUUCCUAUUAUUUAAUAAAGUUAACCUAAUAGGUCUAGGCUAUAAUAUGACAUUUAAAAAAAGAAGACCUAUACAAAUUUUCUUUACAUUAUCUAUGGCGAUUUCUAAAUUUCUAAUCAAAACAUAUCAUUUUAGAUAUUUGGUUACAACCCGUACCCUCAAAUCCAAUCGACCCCCAAACACAAUAUACCCCUUAAUGUAACAUACCCAAUAUUAUCUACUACUCUUACAAAAGGGCUAAAAAUUGCGUGGAUAAUACACUCAUCGCCGGGAAACUUCAGAGAACGACAGUAUAUUCGAAGCGAAUAUCUUGAUCAAAAAGUAAGCUUUUAAUAAUCUUAAAUUCCAAUUAUUUGUCACUUACCUAUCGAUAGCUCAACUACUUUUUACUAAAUUUACUUGUAUCUAUCUCAAAAUUACUUCUUUUUAUUACAUUAACCAUCUUUUCAUCUCUUUAUUACAAUAACAUCACUUCGCAACCAUUUAUUAACGUUUUGUAGACUGAGAUCGUUCCAUUUUUUGUAAUUUUACGUUCCAAUACGACCACGGUGAAUGAAGAUGUUCACGCGGAAUUCAGACGAUACAACGACAUAAUACUUGUACAUAACAUUGAAGAUGACUACCAUAACAUAACUCACAAAAUCAGAGCAUGGAUUCCAUUUUUGCAUAAAUUAAGACCAAAAGUUGUGUUGAAAACAGAUGACGAUGUGAUGAUUAACUGGAAUGGAAUGUCAAUGAUGUUGAAUCAGAUGAAAGACCUGAGGAAUACAGUGUUAUGUAGAGUUUACAGUGAAGGCCAAGUUGUGAGGAAUUCAGCGUCGAAAUGGUACCUGAGCAAAGAAGAGUACAGUGAUACCAGUUUAGGUACUUACUGCCAAGGAAUGGUAAUGAUGUUUACUGGGGAUCUGGUGAAUACAAUGGUUGAGAAUAUGGACAAAGUACAGUAUUUAUGGGUAAACCUUACAAAUUUUAUUUUUUAAAAAAGUUACGUAACUACUUUUAAACUUUCCCCACUCUCUCAACGUACUUUACAAAUUUAUAUUGCAGAUGGACGACUGGUACUUGAGCCGAGCAUUACUUAAUGGUUCACAAACAUUUUACAUUGAUAUUGGACGACAUUAUUUGUCGACCAAUACAGAACAUGAGGUUCAAAGUUUUCUCAAAUCUCCAAGGGAAAUAUAUUUUGCUCACUUCAGGACGUCAUACAGGUAAGGAUACCAAUGUUCCAAAUACUUAAAUGCUAUGCCUAGCCAUCUAAUCAAACAUGAUGAUGAUUUUAACAACACCACUUACCGUUACAAAACGCCGAUUUUUCUGAGUUUUUUUGUAAUGAAAUUGUACCUAAAACAUAUUUAAAGUACUCUUAAGCGAAGCAACAUAGCCAAUAUCCAACUGAACCAGUAAGCAAAUAAAUAUAGUCUUUAUUACACUUUAGGUAUGAACUAACUGAGCGUAAGGCAAUAUGGAACAAAAUAAAACAAGCAAUGUGUUGA